AUGGCCGGUGCUCCAGAGAGUGUGCAUCAGCCGGCAGCGGAUGCCUCGCAGGUGGAUGAUCUCCUAGAGGGAGUUCAUCGGCCGAAAGAUGCAUGCACGGGUGGCUGUCCAACGAAAGGUGUGGAUUGUCGCCCAACUGCGAGUGUUGAUCGAGAGGAUCAUCACGAUCACAACGUUGGCUCGUACAGUGCCAUCGCUAGGCCCUCGCCGAGUGUGGUGGAGGCCGCACGCAGCAGGUCCCCGAAGCACCGUGAUGGGGCGGGGCCACAGAGCGGCAAAGCGAGUUCUUCACUUGACGAGGGUCAUGUGAGUGCUGCUGAUGUCCUUCGAGUUUUCGAUGGUCUUCCUUCAGAUGACUUGAAAAGGGGUGCCAGUGCGCCUCUCCCAACUUCAAAGUCUUAUGCCACAGGAGCGUAUGUUCUUGGGGGCAAUGUUGGUUUGAAGGCUAAUGCCUCAACCAGCCCAGAAGCGCUCGACAUCUUUGCAAGGUUUGUGAGGCAGAGCGUUCCGGGGUUCAAAUUUUCUUCAAUAAAUAUAUUCGAGGAUGUUCGCACUGAGCGUCACCGCGAUCAGUGGAAUGCAAAUUUGCAUAACCUGGCGAUUGCCCUAACAGAAUUCUCGGGUGGCGCCAUCUUUGUGGAGCACGAAGAUGGCCGGGAUGUUUCGCCCCUCAAUGGUGCCCAGGGUUCUCGCCUGGCUGUUGCAGCGGGCCCCGUGCGAUUCAAUGCAAGGCAUUAUUGGCACUACACUGAGGCUUGGCAAGGCCGGAGGGUCGUGCUGAUACAUACACAAUCCGCCAUGUUGAAUCGCUGGGCAAGGAACAUCUUGAUUUUCUCCGGAGGUGCAAUGUUGAUGUUCCGACAUGCGUGUGUGGUCGUCAGCGGCCUUCCUCACCCUCUAAUGGAGCUCAGGGUGCACAUCCACCUGGUCCCGGUGGACAUCGAAACUGAAUCGGGUUUCUCCUUUGCGCAGACUGUCAUUGGCCAAGACGCCCCUUUUCAUGUGCAUUUCUUCCCGGCGACUAAGGACUGUUUUAAGGCCUCUUUCGACGCAGUGCAAACCCUUCGCCUCGCCAAGCUUUUGCUCGCGUCUGACUUGCAUUGGAGUAUCUUGCAUCCCCUGGCGUCGGCCCUGUGGGGCCAGCUGGACUUGCCCGAUGCGGUGCACUGCCUCGAAUUUUGUGCCGGCUGCUACGGGGCCAUGCCGGCCUCUUACUUGAACACGCUGUUCCGCUGCAAUGCUCGCGUCAUUCUGCAGCCGCUGCCGCGGGGUGUGCCUUCGUCAGUUACUUUUGGCAUCUACCGCACAGAACAUGAGUUUGUGGCGCAGGCUUUGCAUAUCGAUCAUCCCUUCGACUUGUGCGUGGCAGUCCCGGACUUCAUGCUGAGAGCCUUGGCUUUUACCUUGAAAGAGGGUCCGGUUGGCGUGAUGAAACACCGUCUGAAUCUGCUCCAGCAGUGGACUUCUUGGAAGCGUGAGCUGUCAAGUGCCGAAGCCGAGCUUCAUGCUGCCAUGGAUCCUGGUGUGGCAUCUGUGAUGAAAGGCAAGAAUAUUUUGCUUCUGGAAAAGAUCGCAUCAACUUUCGGUUGGCCUGGCACGGAAGUGUUUGAUCACCUUAAGCAUGGUUUUCCUUUGGUGGCGAGCGCAGAGGUGGAUGAUCUGGCUCGGGAGGUGUGGGAUUCCACACAACAAGAGAUGCUAGUCAAGGAGUGGCUGACGGGGCCUUACUCGUGGGACGAGCUGCAAGCCCGUCACCCCGAAGGAUGGCUUCCAGUGCGGAGGUUCGGCAUUGUGCAAAAGGCCAAGACGCGAUCGAUCGAUGACUUGGCCGAGAACUCGGUCAACCGCGCUUAUGCUGUCUCCGACCGGAUUGCUCUGAGAGCCCUUGAUGAACUGGUGUGGCUUGCGAUCACUCUUUUCAAAAUCUUCAUGGCGAAAGGCGAGGUGAGCAUUCCUUUGUCGGACGGUGAACAUCUUCGCUUUCCUGUGCAUUCCUUCUGGAGAGCCCUGAAGCCCGAGGACCCGGUUUCGGGCCUUCCCUUCGGCUUCGAGAGCCGAACUCUUUUGUUUGGAGCCACCUCGUCGGUGGUUUCGUUCAACCGCGUUGCAAGGUUGAUCCAGAGGGUUCUGAUCACGUUGCAGGUGCUGGCCUGCAACUACUUUGAUGAUUACCCAGUGUUGGAGGUCUUGCCACUUUGCAACAACACGCAGUCGACCAUCAAAGCUGCUUUGGAUCUGCUGGGCUUCUCAUGGGCAGAGGACAAGGACCUUCCUUUCAGCCAUGAAGCCGAGCUGCUGGGCGUUAGGGUUGACCUAGGCACUUUCGGGGUAGUUAAGAUUGGGAACAAGCCUGAUCGCGCUGCUUCCAUUGCCGCCGCGGUGGACUCCGUCUUGAGCGAGGGCCGUCUUGAUCCGAAGACCCUGCCUUCUUUGUUCGGUCGCAUCCAGUUUGCUGAAGGUCAGUUGCACGGGAGGCUGGGAAGAUUAGCCCUGGCCGACCUCAGAGCGUGCACGAUGAGCUCUCAGGCUCAGGCCCUCGAUGCCACAGCUGUGCAGGCCCUUCGCCAUCUUAGGACCCGGGUUCUUGGGGGUACCCCUAGGAUAGUCCCGGCCUGUGUGGGGUCUCGCCGUUCUGUGAUUUUCACGGAUGGCGCUUACGAGCCGACGAAUGGUUCUUACCCUGCUACUGUCGGAGGGGUCUUGUACCAUUACGACAGAGGAGCGUGGUGCACUUCCUACUUUGCAUGUGCUAUCCCUUUGAGCGUUGUACAGAGCUGGGAGGCUCUCGGGAAAAGGCAUUUGAUAGGCCCAGUUGAGAUGUACGCAGUUGUAUGUGCGAGAGAAGCUUGGUCAAAGCACUUGAACAUGCAAAGGGUGACCAUGUAUGUGGAUCACUCCGGAGUGUUGGCCUCCUUGGUGAAAGGCUCUUCUAAAGACCCUUUAUGGAGGCAGCUCUUGCUGAUCUUUGAGAGUUGCGACGCUGAGGCGAUGCUCCCUUGGUUUAGCCGCGUUCCAAGUGCAAGCAAUCCGGCCGAUCCUCCUUCACGUGCCAAGGCGAUCUUUCCAGUCAGGGGGCAAGUGUGCAGAGUGUCGCCUCGAUGUCCGAUCAAUGGCAAUGCCACGAUUGAUCUCCUUCUUAAGUGA